AGUACAUUUACAGUUUGCUCACACUGCAUUUAUUCAUAGGCUUUUUCAUCUAUACACGUGGACAACAGUAAAGUAACAUUACCACAAAAACAUGACCUCAUGACUUGAGAUCAAUACUUUGAAUCGCCCAUGCCCAUGUGCCCUCUGUACUCCAGGACACAGUAUCAAUCCCACUCAGGGCUGCAGCAGCAGGACACCUAAAGGGUGGCUGAGUGGACACUAGGGACCAAAGUGUGGAAGAAAAGGCUCAAGAAUGGGACAGAAUGGGAAAACAAUAGCUGGGAGUCUGCUGCUCAUUCUGGGGAUGUUGGGACAAGGAGUACAUGCACAAGGGAAUGGCCGGGGUAAGAAAGAAAUCUCUGGAGCAGGAGUUUUCCAUCUUGGCCAAGACAGAGACAUGUGGAGGCCUCUGAUCCAAAUGACAGUAAACCUCAGUGAAGUCACCAGUAUAAAGUCAACAUUUCAGCUGCGUACAUUUGACCCAGAAGGUACCGUUUUUUAUGGAGACACUAAGGGUGGGGAGGACUGGUUUGUUUUGUCCCUAAAAGAAGGGUUCCCACUGAUGCAGAUCAGCAAAGAAAACAUGCUGCUCAGUGUGGCAGGAGGCCCCAAACUCAAUGAUGGCAAAUGGCACACUCUGGAAGUGAGCAACCAAGGAAAGUUUGUGGUUUUGGUAGUUGACAGAACACAGCCCCUAGUAGUUGGCCUACAACCCAAAGUGAAAGAAGAAUCCCUUGCUGGUGUACUCCGACUUGCUGUUGGUGGGAUCCUGAUUAAUAAAGCAAAGCUGCUUGUUCAGUAUAAGCCACAGAUAGAUGGCUGUGUGCGGGAGGGCAACUGGCUCAAUCUGAGUACACCUUGGGAGACAGAAGAGGAAGAGAUGUGGCCCUGCCAUGAAAAUAUCAAACCUGGCAGUUACUUUGUUGGCAAAGGCUUUGCUGUUUUUAACUAUUCCGUUCUCCCCAAACAAACAGAACAAGGGAUUACCCUUGAAUUUUGGGGAGAUAUGAAUGAGAUGGAGGGGACCAUUUGCAGCAUCAAAAACCCUGAUCAAGAGCCAAUUUUUCAUAUAGUAGCUGAUAAAAUUACAAAGCUCAUUCUCACCCUUGGGUCUGACAAAAUCACCAUGAAGAGUUCUUCCAGGAGGCUGAGGGUCACCUUUCUGACUGAUGUAUUAACGGUGCAUCUGGAUGAAAUUGUGUCCGAGGCCAUGAUAUCAGUGAGUGAGGAGAGCCAGGCUGGUUAUUCAGACAUUUGGACAGUAGGUUCUCUUUCCAUCGGAGGUCUCCUAGGUGAAGAUAACACUGGAAGUCAUUUCUUGACUGGGUGCCUAGAAAAGAUCCAGAUUCAAGGGAAGAACUUGGAUAUGAAUUUAGCUGACAAAGAGAUGUCAAUCAACUCUCACAGUUGUCCUGCCUGACAUGUAUUUUUUGUAGUCUUUUGUGAAUUUCAUAUUCAUAAUUAAUAAUAAUUGUUAUAUAUAUGUUUCAAGUACAGUCCCUUUAAGAUAGAUAGAAAAUUGCACUCAUUCAUUUCCUGGAGACUGAUCCUAAUUUUAACCAUAAUUACUCUGUACGUUACCAACCAAACCUUAACCUAUAUUAACCCAUAUCUUAACUUUGAACAUUGUUGUAGCAAAUGUUGAAAGGUUUAUCUCAGGGGGACGUGUUUCCAAUAAAUAAAAAAAUAAAAAUAAAAAUAAAAAUAAAGAGCUUUAGAGUUUUAGAGUUAUUUUAAUAGGUCCAUGCUAUAGGAGUCCCCAUAAGAAACUGCGCAAACUCCGGUUGUUCUCCGUGACGUGACAGAUACAUACAGACUUUGUCGCCAUCUAGUGGAUGAAUAUAACACUUGUAAAAAUACAUUUUAUUAUCAAACCGUUUUGAGGCAAUAUUUUAUUUCUGCUCCAUUUUCAUUAUUCUGUU